AUGACCCCCGUGACCACACCCGUGACCCCCGUGACCACACCCAUGACCACACCCGUGACCCCCCGUGACCACACCCAUGACCCCCGUGACCACACCCAUGACCCCCGUGACCACACCCAUGACCCCCGUGACCACACCCAUGACCCCCGUGACCACACCCAUGACCCCCGUGACCCCCGUGACCACACCCAUGACCCCCGUGACCACACCCAUGACCCCCGUGACCACACCCAUGACCACCGUGACCACACCCGUGACCCCCGUGACCACACCCAUGACCCCCGUGACCACACCCAUGACCCCCGUGACCACAUCCAUGACCCCCGUGACCCCCGUGACCACACCCGUUACCACACCCGUGACCACACCCAUGACACCCGUGACCACACCCGUUACCACACCCGUGACCACCGUGACCACACCCGUUACCACACCCGUGACCCCCGUGACCACACCCAUGACCCCCGUGACCACACCCGUUACCACACCCGUGACCCCCGUGACCACACCCGUGACCCCCCUAUCUAA